AUGGACUUCGUCAGCAUCCAGCAGUUGGUGAGGAUGUGCAGCGGAGGCCGGGCAGUGGUCUGGGCACCCCCAGACCGUCUCAGCAGAACGCGGAGGCCGGGCAGUGGUCUGGGCACCCCAAGACCGUCUCAGCAGAACGCGGAGGCCGGGCAGUGGUCUGGGCACCCCCAGACCGUCUCAGUAGAACGCAGAGGUGAGUGGAGAGAGUCGAAAGGAAAGAUUUGGGAUGUGGACACGGAGUGCCUGAUCCUGGAGGCCGAGGCCCGGGAGAGGCAGGAACUGGACGAGGAGAGGAGGAGUGUGAGUGGGGGCGGGCAGGAGGCGCGGGCAGGUGGAGUGGGGGCGCCGCGAGCCCGGGGCUCGGGGGCUGACAGCCUGGGCGCGGCGCUUCUCCUGCGGCUGGGAAGACGAGGCAGUCCCAGAGCUAACUUGGAGAGCCUGGCUGACCUGGAAACAUUGGUUCGAAGACAGAGAGAAAAGCGACUGAAACGCAGAGUCCCCGCCAGGGCACCCGAGCCUGAGGUCAAGCCGCAGCCCCUGGCCCAGCUGGAGCCCGUGGACCUGGAGGCGUUCCUGCAGGCAGCUGCUGAGAACCAGGAGGCCCUGACUGACGAGUACCUGACAGACGGAAGGGACCCCAGUGCCCACGACAAGCUCCAUUGCAUGGCCUGGCACUGGGCCUAUCCGAUGGGUCACAGCCAGCUUGUGAACAAGCUGCUGGAGGCGGCUGCCACUGUGGACGCUCGGGACUUGGUGAGAACCAGGGAAGGGCCAUCCCCACGGCAGACGCCCCCCCCCCGAUGCUCUUCCUGGGGUUGGGACACGAUCUGGGGCACGCCCCUGCACAUGGCCGCACACUGCGACUGCCUGCAGCAUGUCGUCGCCUGCGGGGCCCGCGCUGACGCACAGGACAAGGAAGGAGACAUGGCUCUACACGAGGCGGUGCCCUACAGAGCCCUGAAGGUGCUGCUGCUCUCCGGGGCCGGGCUGGGCCUGAGAACCCGGGCUUCGGUGACCCCAGUGUAGCUGGCCCAGGACUGGCAGUGGGGCAUCUGGGAAGCACUGCAGGCCCACGUGGGGCACCCCCGUACCCGGUUUCUCCAGGGGCCUCCGUGCCUGGCCAUCUGGAGGGGGCUGCUGGACGGCUUUGAGCACCCCUGCACAGGCGGCCAGCCCCAGCCUGCUUGCCUCGGAAGCCCCAAGGCCAACGAGCUGGAGCUAAUGUUUUAG